GGCUUAAGGAGCAAGACCUUUUAAUUUUGCUUUUGGCUCUCCCCUGUGUUAGCCACUUGGCUUUGGGUAAGUCACUUUCUCUCUGAGUCUAGUUUCCUCAUCACUGAAAUCAGGAUAAUGAUUCCUUCCUUGGAGCUGUGCCAAGCACAGGCCUGGCAGAUUUACAUCAGCAAAGGCUGAAGGAAAGAAUGACCAUGUGGCUAAACGCCACAUGACAGGAGGCUCAAUUCUCAUCACUUCUCCACUGGCCUAACCUCGUGCCUGGGGGCCCUUCAUUAGGAUACCUGGGGACUGUGAACCUGCCCGGAAGCAUGCUGAGAGAUACCUGGAGGGCCCUGCAGAUGCUGCCAGCUGGGGAAAGGGUUGUAGGUGGCCAUUAGGACCAGGGAUUGACAAGUGGGCUUGACCACACAGGCAGAAGGAGACCUAGAGUGGAGACCCUAGGGGACAAGGAUCAGGUGGUAUGGCUCUGGGCUUCUCUCCUAGCUGUUCUGGGGGAGGAAGUAAAUAAAGAGGAAGUAUCUGUUGAGGGGACCAGGGAUGUGGACUGGUAUCUGUCCUUUCCACUUCCAGCUAUCAGAGGCCUCAGGUUCUCACACCCUUCAGCAAAAGCAGUUCUGAGACUGUUUCUUUCAUCUUGCCUUUGCUUGUACCCUGUCAGCUGUCCCUGUUUCUGUGGGACUUGUGGGUUGAGGAAGGGCUGGUCAUAGGUGCUUCUGGCCAGUCUUCAGGCAAGCCACCCCUGCUGAAGAAGCUUCAGUCUGGGGAGGCAUCUUUCACAACCUCAUAGGCCAUCUACCACAGACGGUUAUCUGGGCCUUGUGAGGACAGGGAAGGGGAAGUCCGUGUGCAUGAGGAGGCAUGUAUUUCUACACAGGGCUGCCUGUAAAAAGGGCUUCCAAUCACUGGCCUGAGCCUAGCUGUCAGUUCCUGUGGUUGUGUCAGUGUGAGAUGAGGUGAAAGCUUGAUGGAAAGGCUUGGCCCUCUUGCCUGUCCAAGGGCUCAGGACUGGUGUUUUUGAACAGAAGCAGGACCAGGCAUGGUGAUACCUGCUCUGUGGGCCACUAUCAUGGGUGGCCAGCCAUGGCAGGGACUCUAUGGGGGGAGAAGUGUCUAAACUCCAGGUUGGGUCAGUUAGACUGGCCUUGCUGACUUGUCCUGUGUGUUCUAGGGGGGCCCCAAGGUAGAUAUUUUCAAGUGCUGAAUGCCCGCUGUUUGGGCAUCUUGUGACUUCUGUCUGUUCCUGUCUCUCUUCCUUGAGGGGAAGAGUUAGGUUAGGGGUGUACCGUUGAGCUCUCUCUGGAUCAUGGGCUUGGGGUCUGCAGUGUCCGCUUCUCAGCAGGGGAGCCUGACCCAUCUCCAUUAGCAUGGAGACUUCCUCCUCCAUGCUAAGAGGGAAGUGAGAAGGAGGGGGGCCAGAGACCCUGCCUUCUGGGCCAAGAAGGCUAAAAAAAAGCAGAAGUAGAGAAUAACAGGGCCCUCUGGCCACCGGCUUGGACCCCACCAUGCAGACCCCAGCAGAUUUCCCCAGGGUUGAGAGAGAGUCUGGCUCCUCUCCCAGAAAGGAUGAGGGCGUCCUCAAGGAGAUCUCCAUCACACACCAUGUCAAGGCUGGCUCUGAGAAGGCUGAUCCAUCCCAUUUCGAACUCCUCAAGGUUCUGGGCCAGGGAUCCUUUGGCAAAGUCUUCCUGGUACGCAAGGUCACCCGGCCUGACAUUGGGCACUUGUAUGCCAUGAAAGUGCUAAAGAAAGCGACAUUAAAAGUGCGUGACCGAGUUCGGACCAAGAUGGAAAGAGAUAUCCUGGCUGAUGUAAACCACCCAUUCGUGGUGAAGCUCCACUAUGCCUUCCAGACUGAGGGCAAGCUCUAUCUCAUUCUGGACUUCCUGCGUGGUGGUGACCUAUUCACACGACUUUCAAAGGAGGUUAUGUUUACAGAGGAGGAUGUGAAGUUUUACCUGGCUGAGCUGGCUCUGGGCCUGGACCACCUGCACAGCCUGGGCAUCAUUUAUAGAGACCUCAAGCCUGAGAAUAUCCUUCUGGAUGAAGAGGGCCACAUCAAACUCACUGACUUUGGCCUGAGCAAGGAGGCCAUUGAUCAUGAGAAGAAGGCCUACUCCUUCUGCGGGACGGUGGAGUACAUGGCUCCCGAGGUUGUCAACCGCCAGGGUCACACCCACAGUGCAGAUUGGUGGUCCUAUGGGGUGUUGAUGUUUGAGAUGCUGACGGGCUCCCUGCCCUUCCAGGGGAAGGACCGGAAGGAGACUAUGACCUUGAUUUUGAAGGCGAAGCUAGGCAUGCCCCAGUUUCUGAGCACGGAAGCUCAGAGCCUCCUGCGAGCCCUGUUCAAGAGGAAUCCUGCCAACCGGCUUGGCUCUGGGCCUGAUGGGGCUGAGGAAAUCAAGAGGCAUGUCUUCUAUUCUACCAUUGACUGGAAUAAGCUCUACCGUCGUGAGAUCAAGCCGCCCUUCAAGCCAGCUGUGGCCCAGCCUGAUGAUACCUUCUACUUUGACACUGAGUUCACAUCCCGCACACCCAGGGAUUCCCCAGGCAUACCUCCCAGUGCUGGUGCCCAUCAGCUGUUCCGUGGCUUCAGUUUCGUGGCCACUGGGCUGAUGGAGGAUGAUGGCAAGUCUCGGACCACUCAGGCCCCCCUGCACUCGGUGGUACAGCAACUCCAUGGGAAGAGCUUGGUUUUUAGUGAUGGCUAUGUGGUAAAGGAGACGAUUGGCGUGGGUUCCUACUCUGUGUGCAAGCGCUGUGUCCACAAGGCCACCAACAUGGAGUAUGCUGUCAAGGUCAUUGACAAGAGCAAACGGGAUCCCUCAGAAGAGAUUGAGAUUCUUCUGCGGUAUGGUCAGCACCCCAACAUCAUCACCCUGAAAGAUGUAUAUGAUGAUGGCAAACAUGUAUACCUGGUGACGGAGCUGAUGAGGGGUGGAGAGCUACUAGACAAGAUCCUACGACAGAAGUUCUUCUCUGAGCGGGAGGCCAGCUUUGUCCUGCAUACCAUAAGCAAGACAGUGGAGUACUUGCAUUCCCAGGGGGUUGUUCACAGGGACCUGAAGCCCAGUAACAUCCUGUACGUGGAUGAGUCUGGGAACCCUGAGUGCCUGCGCAUCUGUGACUUUGGCUUUGCCAAGCAGCUGCGGGCUGAGAACGGGCUCCUCAUGACACCUUGCUACACGGCCAACUUUGUGGCGCCUGAGGUGCUGAAGCGCCAGGGCUAUGAUGAAGGCUGUGACAUCUGGAGCCUGGGCGUUCUCCUUUACACCAUGCUGGCAGGAUACACUCCAUUUGCCAAUGGGCCCAGUGACACUCCAGAGGAGAUCCUCAGCCGGAUCGGCAGUGGGAAGUUUACCCUCAGUGGGGGGAACUGGAACACGGUUUCAGAGACAGCCAAGGAUCUCGUGUCCAAGAUGUUACACGUGGAUCCCCACCGGCGCCUUACAGCCAAGCAGGUCCUGCAGCACCCAUGGAUCACCCAGAAAGACAAGCUCCCCCUGAGUCAGUUGUCCCACCAAGACCUGCAGCUUGUAAAGGGAGCCAUGGCAGCCACAUACUCUGCACUCAACAGCUCCAAGCCCACCCCCCAGCUAAAGCCGAUUGAAUCGUCUAUCCUGGCCCAGCGGCGGGUGAGGAAGCUGCCAUCCACCACCCUGUGAACCCCAGCACAGACAGCUCCAUGGAAGCACAUCGUUCCCAGAGGGAGCAGGCCUGAGUCACAGAACUAAGUGACGUGGAGUCCCAAGGGACCUGGGAAGCAGCCAGCCCAGAUCACCCCAGUGAGGGUGUGAAGUGCCUUCUUCCCCAGGAUGGACUCUUCCAGGCUCAGGCUCUUUUGGGUGAAGUCCAUUCACUGUACAAACUAUUUUUAAGGAAAAAAAACAAAAAAAGAUGGCAUCAACUACCAUGGAUUUUUUACAAGAUCCAUGUACCUUUCUGGGCACAAAAUUAGCCAUUGCUGUCCCAGGAGGGGCACUGAGUCACACUGAGGCUGUGUGUGGCUAAGACUCCCUUGAUCAGUUUUGGAGCCCUGCCCUGGGCACCACUCAGUUGGCCAUCUGGAGCCAUCUGCACACACCUCCAAGCAGCCGAGCUUUGCCUCUCAGAGCCACUGGCUGUUCAGCAGAACUCAGUCUCCAGCCAGCUCCUUUUCCAUUCUGUUCUGCUGGGGUUCUAGAACCACUUUCUGCUAGAGCCAAGGACCCCACUCUGCUGGCUCUUUACUCCAGGCACCAGCAUCCACAUCCCCCCCCCCCCACUG